AUGGCUUAUGGUAGAAGCAGAGCCUCCUCUGUUUUGGAAGGGUUCACUCUGAAUCCCUUACCAUAUCCUGUUUUGCUACUCUUAGCAGUGAUCUUCAUCUUCCUUGGCAUUUCAUGGUACUUUUCUUAUGAAGAAGUAGUUGAAAAUACUGAACAAAAAUUGGGUUGGGUACUAUUUGCCACCCCAGUGGUGCUAAUAAUCCUAGUUCGUUGGUUAUCAUCAAUGGAAAAUAAAGAUUGGUUCUCUGGUUCCACGCCAUGGGAGGGGAACAGGAGAACACACCAAAAUUCAACAGAAGGGAGCUCACCAUGGGGUGUGGCUGCUUUGAUCGUGGUGUUGUUGAUACUGGUGCAAUAUCAAUCCAUCUUUCUUCAUAGUUGGUUUGUUUGA